GCCAAUUGGCAAACCGACACCGCUCGCCCGGGCAAGCAUCAUCUCUUCACGAUGUUAUCAAGGACAGCAGCACCGACCACAAAGGUCUCCGCCCAGACCCUCUCGAGGGUUGUGGCGCCCGCAGCGACCGGCACGCAGCAGCAAGCCCGAGGCUUCGCGACCGUCCAAGAUGGCCCACCAAAGAGGCACUACGGCGGGCUCAAGGACCAGGACCGCAUCUUCCAGAACCUGUACGGCCGCUACCCGCCCGACCUGAAGCACGCGAAGAAGAUGGGAGACUGGCACAAGACGAAGGAGAUCCUGCUCAAGGGCCACGACUGGAUCAUUGGCGAGAUCAAGGCGUCGGGUCUGCGGGGAAGAGGAGGCGCUGGUUUCCCUUCGGGGCUGAAAUGGUCUUUCAUGAACCCUAAGGGAUGGGAGAACGAUAAGAAACCCCGCUACCUAGUCGUCAACGCAGACGAGGGUGAGCCCGGCACCUGCAAGGACCGUGAGAUCAUGCGCAAGGACCCCCACAAGCUGGUCGAAGGCUGUCUCGUCGCCGGCCGCGCCAUGAACGCUACUGCUGCCUAUAUCUACAUCCGCGGCGAGUUCUACCACGAGGCCGCAAUCCUGCAGGAGGCUAUCAACGAGGCCUAUGCGGACGGACUGAUCGGCAAGAACGCGUGCGGCUCAGGCUACGACUUUGACGUGUACCUGCACCGCGGUGCCGGAGCUUACGUCUGCGGCGAGGAGACCAGCUUGAUCGAGUCGCUCGAGGGCAAGCCCGGAAAGCCCAGACUCAAGCCUCCUUUCCCUGCGGCCAUCGGUCUGUUCGGCUGUGCGUCGACUGUGGCCAACGUCGAGACCGUCUCAGUGGCGCCUACGAUCUGCCGAAGAGGCGGCAGCUGGUUUGCUGGUUUCGGCCGAGAGCGGAAUCAGGGCACCAAGCUGUUCUGCAUUAGCGGCCACGUCAACAACCCCUGCACUGUCGAGGAGGAGAUGAGCAUCUCCAUGCGGGAGCUGCUGGAGAAGCACUGCGGCGGUGUCCGUGGAGGCUGGGACAACUUGCUGGCCGUCAUUCCUGGCGGGUCGUCUACACCUAUCCUGCCCAAGCACAUCUGCGAUGACCAGAUCAUGGACUUUGACGGCCUGAAGGACAGUCAGUCCGGUCUUGGCACCGCUGCUGUCAUCGUCAUGGACAAGAGCACCGAUGUUGUUCGUGCCAUUGCCCGGUUAUCUCACUUCUACCGCCACGAAUCCUGCGGCCAGUGCACGCCUUGUCGUGAGGGCAGCAAGUGGACGGAGCAGAUCAUGAGCCGAUUCCAGCAUGGCAUGGGUCGUGAGAGGGAGAUCGAUAUGUUGCAGGAGCUGACGAAGCAGGUUGAGGGUCACACUAUUUGUGCUCUCGGCGAGGCUUUCGCGUGGCCCAUCCAGGGUCUUAUUCGACACUUCCGACCAGAGCUCGAGAAGCGCAUGCAGGAUUACGCCCAGAAGACUGGUGGCUCGGCCCUGGCUGGUGGCUGGACACACGACACGAGGGCACAGGGACACUUGGUUGCUCCGGGCCAGUAAGGGCUGCGUGGUUUGGGAGGAGGGGGAAGGGAGAGGGGAUGAUAGUUAGACUGGUUUCGCAGGCACUGGCGUUGCAUGCGUGGUUUUUCGAAAAAGAAUAAAUGAUCGAACUGUAUAUUGG